AUGUCUGCUUUUGGCUUAGAUCUGGACGAAUUGACGUCGGCUUUCGAUCCUAAAAAACCAUCUUCUGAGACUCUUGUAGAUACCGGUUCUACACAGUCUGGUGACUUCGAAGAAAAAAAGCGAAAAGCAGAAGCUUCACUCAAACCCUUAUUAAAAGAAGUAGAGGAAGAUUCUACAGAUGAUUCUCCCAAACGUUCAAAACUAUCUGUUGGUGAUACUCUAGAAUUUAAUGCUCCCAGAAUACAAAUACAUAAAAUCAGUUCACCUGAAACAUGUACACACGAGGUGGCUGUUCCCCCUGAUAUUGAAUACAAGCCAAUUAUUAAAGAUUGCGGAUUUCCAGCGAAAACUUUUCCCUUCACGCUUGAUGCAUUUCAGCAACAAGCAAUCAUAUGUAUUGAUAAUAAUCAGUCGGUGCUAUUAUCGGCUCAUACGUCAGCUGGCAAAACUGUUGUUGCUGAAUAUGCAAUCGCAACAGCAUUACGGGAAAAACAACGUGUAAUUUAUACUACUCCUAUUAAAGCACUUAGCAAUCAGAAGUACAGAGAAUUCUUCGAAGCCUUCCCGGAAGUAGGAUUACUUACAGGUGAUGCUACAAUCAAUCCCAGCGCUAGUGUACUCAUCAUGACCACAGAAAUCCUUCAAUCCAUGUUGUAUAAAGGUGCUUCAAUGGUGCGAGAGGUCGGUUGGGUUAUAUUUGACGAAAUUCAUUAUAUGCGUGACCCUGAACGUGGAGUGGUUUGGGAAGAAACUAUAGUGCUUUUACCUGAUAAUGUUCGUUAUGUCUCACCUUCACCAUCACCAUGUCAUGUUGUUUCAUCUGACUGCCGUCCUGUACCACUACGUCAUUAUCUAUAUCCUGUGGGUAGUGAGGGUUUGUUUCUCGUAUUGGACGAGGGUAAAUAUUUGGAGCAAAAUUUUGAACGAGCUAUGCGCUCGUUCCUUUCGGAUGAAUCAUCAAAUAAAAGACAAAAGUCACAAGUUGAUUACAAUAAACGUUCUGAAAAUAAUGUCAUUCAAAUUGUUCGUUUGGUCAAACAUCGCAGUUUGGAACCGAUAAUUGUAUUUAGUUUCAGUAAAAAGGAGUGUGAAAUCUAUGCACUGCAAUUAGCCAAAUUCGAUUUCACUACUGAUGCAGAGAAAAAAGUCGUUGAUGAAGUAUUCCGCAAUGCAAUCGAUGGUCUUUCACCUGAAGAUCGCGCAUUACCACAAGUUGAGAGUGUCUUACCAUUGCUUAAGCGUGGUAUUGGUAUACAUCAUGGUGGUCUUUUGCCUUUAUUAAAGGAAACUAUAGAAAUAUUAUUUUCUGAGAAUUUAAUUAAAUGUUUAUUUGCUACAGAAACAUUUGCCAUGGGUUUAAAUAUGCCUGCUAGAACGGUCCUAUUCACCUCGGCUCGUAAAUAUGAUGGACAGUCUUAUCGUUGGAUAACAUCAGGUGAAUAUAUUCAAAUGUCUGGUCGUGCUGGUCGUCGUGGUAAAGACGAUAGUGGUACUGUAAUUUUAAUGGUUGAUGAAAGUAUGACUAGUGAACUAGCUCAUCAAAUUAUGAUGGGUCCACCACCCCCACUGAAUUCAGCUUUUCAUAUCACUUAUAAUAUGCUGUUAAAUUUAUUGCGUGUUGAAGAAAUUAAUCCGGAAUACAUGAUGGAGAGAAGCUUUUGCCAAUUCCAAAAUUUUGCCAGUCUUCCUAAUAUGUAUAAAGAAUUGAAUGAAUUACGUGCCACUUAUGCAUCAACUGUUGUUGAUGAUGAAGAAUCCGUCGAAUCAUAUCAUCAAAUUCAAUUAUGCUUCGAUGAACUAGUUGGACAGCAAUGGCAGUAUAUACGACGUCCACAGUACAUAGUACCUUUUCUUCAACCAGGUCGUCUUGUUAAAAUUGUUCGUAAAGAUAGGUCAUCUACACCUGAAUCAUUUUAUAUACUUGAUUGUUUAUUAUGCACCAAUCCAUCUAGAUCGAAUUCAGAAGAAUCUGGUUGUGAUGUACCUAGUGGGAAUCCAGUAGAUAACUCGGAAAUUUCAAAUUCAGUUACUGUUACUGGUAGUGAUACAUCACCGAUGGCUGAGAUUAUUCCUGUACGAUUAGAUUGUGUUGUUGGUAUUAGUGCUGUACGUUUAGUUGUUCCAAAUGAUCUUCGUUCAAAAGAGGCUAGACAAGGUGUUUUAAAUGCAAUAGAAAAAGUGAAAAUACGUAUGGGUGGUAGUUUGCCAGUUUUGGAUCCUAUUGCAGAUAUGCACAUCAAUGAUCCACGAUUCCUGGAAGUAAAUGAGAAAGUUACUGCUUUUCAAGAGAGACUACAGCAUCAUUGGCUUCAUGAUGACCCACCUAAUCUGAAUAGUAAAGUUUCUUUAAUUCAAUUGGAAGAACUAUCGGCUCGUAAACGUGUAUUAAGACGAUUAAAUUUUGUUUCUGAAUAUGACGUAAUUGAGUUAAAAGGUUGUGUAGCCUGUGAAAUCACCUCGGCAGAUGAGUUAUUACUAACAGAACUUUUAUUUGAUGGGGUAUUCAAUAGACUGUCAUCUGAACAUAUUGCAGCAUUACUUUCUUGCUUUGUAUUUGAGGAAAGAGCUUCGGAAAUGCCCAAAUUAACUAAGGAAUUAUCUGAUGCUCUGCGUACAUUACAAGAUACAGCCAGACGUAUUGCACGUAUUAGUAACGAAUGUCGUCUCCCAGUUGAUGAAGAUAAUUACGUGGAUUCAUUUAAACCUCAUUUAAUGGAUCUUGUUGAUGCAUGGACAAGAGGAGCAUCCUUUGCUAGCGUUUGUUCUAUGACAGACUUGUUUGAAGGCACAAUUAUUCGUACAUUGAGAUUACUUGAAGAGUUAUUACGACAAAUGGCCAAUGCAGCUAGAACAAUUGGUAGCAAUGUUUUGGAAAAGAAAUUUGUUGAGGCUAUCGAAAAAAUCAAACGGGAUAUUGUUUUUGCAGCUAGUCUUUAUCUUUGA